UGUAAACAAGGCGGCAAGAAUGUAGAAAUUGAAAAAUUAUACAGUGUAAAAUGUCUUCCGUUAGCAAAAAAAGCGUGUCAACAUUAUUCCAACCUCUUCCAUUAACACCACAAACUUUUAAAGACGUAAAGAAUUUAAAUUUGAGGGACUUAAAACGCCUCUGUAUUGAUGCAAACAUAAAAACUGAUGGUGUUGGUCGCAACUCAUUAGAAAUCUUAUUAUGUUUUGAGCUUAAUAUUUUGACAUGUGGUAACAGCGAAAAAAACGACUUUUGUAUUAAGGAGCCAAAGAUUAAAAACCAUUUGUUAGAUAAAAAGCAGCUACUAGAAUUUCAGCAAUUAUCCCCCAAUUAUCUUUUAAAAUUGCCAGGAUGGACAAAGCAGGUGCCAGAUAUAGACCUUGACCUGUCAAUGGUAAAGAAGUACCUAUUAAACUGUCAAGUGUCUGAUUAUGAUAAAACCUCAUUACGACAGUAUAAACUAACUAGAGCAUAUCAGCACCUGGAUGCUAAACACCUUAAUAAUGUCUCCUUCAACCCAAUUGUUGACAGUGACACAUUUUGUGCUGUAAAAGCCAGCUGUUUGCCAUCACAGAGUGGUGAAGAAGCAAAGACAAAGUAUCUUCACAUAAUUUUGGAUCAGCACACAUCAGAACCAUACGGUGCAUUUUGCACUUGCACAGUUGGACUGACUCAAGCAUGUUCCCAUAUUGGGGCACUUUUGUUUUUAUUGGCAGAAGUAGUAUCAAGGGGGGAAAAUUUACCAGAAGAUAAGGCUGUUACAGAAAAUUUAUGCAGUUGGACAAAUCCUAAAGGUGCCAAGGUUGAGCCUAAAAAGGGUGAAGACAUUGAUAUAAGAAACAAACCUUCCAGUUUAAAAACACACAUAAGUGACAUUGCACCGAAGCUGUCUAAAGAGAGGCAAUACCAAAGAACUCUUCAACUGUUGUAUGACAUCAGGAAUGCUAAUUCCAGAGAUGCUAUGCCUCCAAUUGUCAACAUUGUUGACCUAGCAAGAUUCAGACCCGUGAAGCAACCAGAAGUGAAAGGACCAUGGUCCAUGCCAGACACAGUAACUGAAUUUUAUCCUGGUAUUUGCUAUGCAGAAAGUAUAGAUGUGGAAACAACACCACCAUCAUUAACGGAAAUACCUCAUCAACAGUUCCAAUCUAUUGACGAUAAUGGUUACCAGGAGGGAUUAAAUACUUACAUCAAUUUAAUUAUGAAAACUUAUAAUCAAGCUGAUAUAAGCAAAAUUGAAAACCUGACUAGAGGUCAAUCUGCCAAUGAAGAAUGGUUUCGACAUAGAAUAGGGGCAAUAACAGCCAGUAAGGUUGUCCGUGUACUAAGUAAUAAGAAGAAUCAAGAUAAUUUUUUGAUUGAUAUUAUGAAAUACAAACCAAUUGAUCUUUCCAGAGUAAAACCAAUUCAGUGGGGUUUGAAACAUGAAAUAACUGCUUUAAAACAAAUGACAAAAUUGUUUGAGCCAAAACAUACAAAUCUCCAAAUUAUUCAACCAGGAUUGCUAGUAGAUAGAACGUAUUCAUACCUUAGAGCGUCUCCUGAUGCAAUAAUGACAUGUGAUUGCCAUGGUACAACUGUAAUUGAAAUAAAAUGUCCCUAUUCCUGCAGAUAUCUGACUCCAACUGUAGCUAUAUGUCAGAAAAAGAUAACAUAUGUUGGCAUGGAGAAGGAAAACAUGGUUUUGGUUAAGGGUCAUCAGUAUGGUUACUAUGAACAAAUUCAAACACAGUUAAAUGUUUGUAAAGAAAAUAACGCAAAAUUAGUUAUUUGGACAACAAAAGGAUUGCUUACGAUAGAUGUUCCAUUUGAUGAAAUAUAUUGGACAACCAUUAUGUUACCAGCUAUAAGAAGUUUCUUUGAGAUGCAUAUAGCACCAGAAAUUUUAACCGGCAGACUUAAAAAAUCUUUGAACUCUCAGGACAAUUCCAAAGACAAAGAGAAGUCUGACAGCAGUGAAGAUUCUACAAAUGAAUCUUUCUCAGAAGAACAAGACAAGAAUAUUCAUCUUGAGGGCACCAAUGAUGAUGAUGAAGAUAAUAAUGAUGCUACUGAUGAUUUUGAUGAUGUUAAUAAUGAUGCUACUGAUGAUGUUGAUGAUGUUAAUAAUGAUGCUGCGGAUGAUUUUGAUGAUGUUAAUAAUGAUGCUGCCGAUGAUGUUAAUGACCAAAAUUUGGCUGGUAAAGAAUGUCAGAGUAUAAAUAGUGUUUCGAGUCAGAACUGGAACUUAGGCUGUGCUUCUUACUGUAGAGACCACAAGGCACCUAUAUAUUCCACAAUUAAAGGAGAACUUAUUGCAUGUGACGCAAAUAUAGCAUGUUCCUCCAAUACAUGGUACCAUUUUUUCUGUGAAGGUUUUCGGAGGUUAAAUAUUGAACUUCACAGGGGCAAGAAGUAUGUUUGUCAAAAAUGUAGACCUUUGCAUGAUCAGAGAGAAAAUUUGAAAAUGACAAAUGGGUUUUUUUAA